GCAACAACAAUCACAAAUGAAGCUUGUAAAUUUAAUAAUAUUAUCCAUAAGUGCGUUGGCGGCAGCAGAGAACCGCAUUAAUCUAUUCACUAAGGAUCUUGAUACAUCAGUGGUGGAAGAGAUUGGAUAUUUGUCCGGAAAAAGCCUCGUAUUGAAUAAUGGUGAAUUACAAUCUAGCGCUUCAUAUUGCAUAGGCACCACCGAUGUGCCCAACAGCGAAUGCUUUGCUUACGUCAAGGGAAUCAAUUCGUUGAACAAGGCUACAUUACACGUGUUUCUUGACUCCAAUAAGGAAAUAUCUCACCUUUCGAUUUCACACGAUUCCGUCGCUGAUGUGAAGCAUAGAGUUAAAUUCCAUGCAAUUGGGACAUCCGCCACACCCAACUUGAAUCCACAGUCAUUAAAGAAACAAAAGGAGCAAGCCAAUGCCCAAACAGGUCCACGAGUUGAAAAAGUUACCAAGAAGAAGAUUGUCAAAGUAGUGGAUGAACAUGGGAACACUGUGGAUAAAGAAAUAGAAGAGGAGGUUGAAGUUGAAGUCGAUGAAAGGUCUUGGGUUCAAAAGAAUUGGAUGUAUAUUGUCAUUGCAUUGCUCAUGUUUAUGGCAUUAGGUGGUGAAGAUAAGAAGAAACAGGCAUGAUUCAUCUUCAUAGUAAUAUCAAAUGCGUUUCCCUUAAUGAUUAUGUCUUUCUAAUGUAUAUUGCUACUACGUACUGUGUAUUGGGCACUGCACACUGGGCACCGCGCACCUAUAGUACAAGUUCACCCAAUGGGCAAACCGACCACGACACAUGGUAGCAACCGUAGCUCGCUGCCAGGUAGUGUGCCGCUUCAAAUAUUUUAGCCAAGGACCGAAAAAACACUGCAAAAGUUUUUUUAGCGAAUCAGAGAUUUUUAAUUGUAAUGUACUGCACACAAGCCAAGGUUUG